GUGUGUGUCUGUUUUUCCAUUCCAUGUGGUCUAAAUCGGCAGGUUGCAUGUGCUAAUUGCGUAAUUUUUUAUCUAGCAAUACAGUAUUUGUUACUUUAUAAUAGUGAAUAAUAAACUGCCACUUUUCACUUCAGUUGAUUCAGAAGAAGAAUAUAUUGAAACUGCUUCCUCCGAUCUGUGUUGUGGCGCGGUGAGAAGAUGUUUGGACAUGUAACUUCUGGAUGGAGGUCGUGUGAGUUGUUUCGGUGACCAGGAUGGAUAGUACAUUUCCAGAUCAGCUUUUUCCUGGUUUUUAUUACACUGGGCCCCCAAAGAAGAAGGCUGGCUGUCCUGUGCAUGGCUGGGGUUUGUAUGGCCACGUAUAUGGAACCGACUCCGGUUCUGCCGAGGUGGCUGAUUGGUCCUUUCUGGCGCAGAGGAAGGUGAUUGGGCCAACAUGGGCACCAGUCGAGUCUAUUGUAAGACCUCUUUUGCCACCCAAUAGCGUUAACAAAUGGUCUUCACGUCGUCUUACGAAUGCAUUGGACUUCCCGAAACACAUGCAGAACUUCUACCUGUAUAACUCUGAGGAUGCCUUUAGCACGAUGACCCAUCUCCUGGGGGACCACUUCAAUUUUGGAAGUGGGAUGCUGGAGGAAUGUAUGAAGAAAACCACUGUCAGCAUACAAAAGAUGGAGCACUUUAUGUCUAGUGCAAAAUUCAUAAAGUGCCCUUUAACACCUUUUGAAAAAAGAGCCAGUCUCUACAGCAAUUUGAUAGGCGACGUUAUCCAUGACAUCCCCCCUGGGCUCUUGGCUGAAUUGCUCUAUGAUGAGUUGACUCUGCAGAGGGGACAGCAGCAAUUCAAUGAAGUGGCCACUGGGGGAGCUCUAGGCUUUUUUCCGCUAUCUACUUCAAACACCUUUCAAGAAGGAUGCCUUGUAUACCCCAGGAAAGCUGCCCUGAAUUCACUUAACUUCCGCCGAGUGGUUUUAGAGUUUCAAGAGAAUAUACCACGACUCAAGGUCAUGAAUAAACCAAUCACCUAUGGGGUCAAUGGCACUAUCCGGCAGGUCAGCGUUGGCCCCAUGGAGGAGAGUGUUUAUAUUGGGGUGCGUACGGAUUACAACUGCGGAGUUUGGGUAGCUAAUUCCGCUCAGAAACCCCUGCCGCUUGAUGUGGUUAACACACAACAGAGGACCACCUGCCUCAGUGUCAGUCCACAUAUGCCAGGGGAACUUCUUGUUGCCAGUGAGAGUGGAGUUGCAUAUCUCUGGACUGUAGGAAGAAGCCUUCAGAAGUUCCGUGAGGAGGAGGAAAACCUUUAUUUCAACGCCAAGUCACCAUGGCGAUGGUGUGAUUUCUCCGCUCAUCCCAGAGUGAUGCUGUAUGCUGAUCGAAGCGGUGUGGAGUUAACAGACAUCCGGUCCAAGGAGACCUGCAGCCAUACUGUGUUUCACAUCGGGGCUACCUCAGGCUGCAAGAGUGGCGAGAGGGUCAUCUUAUCCAGGUACCUCUGCAACGUGAACGCACACCACCACCUUGUCACCACUCAGCAUUCUGCAUACAUCAUGGACGAGCGCUUUCCGUGUUUGCCCAUGGUCAAAUGGAAUCACAUGAUGGCAAGUCCACCCAUGUUUGCCCAGAUCGUUGGUACGGCAUCACAGCAUCAAAACACAGUGAUUUUAGGAUCCCAGUCUUCCCAGGAACUAAUGCUUCUGCAGUAUACUGGUGGGAAUGCAGUUGCCGCCCAAGUCUUAGGAGCUCCUCAGAAACUGUCUUAUCCUAUGAAAAGCUUGGCUGACCUCCCCCUCCAGAUCCCUCACAGGCAGAAGAAGGUCCAGGAGAGGCUCUCGGUGCCUGCAGCUGGCAUUACAUCAAUCUACCAUGACAAAGAGGAGUCCCUCUGUGUGCUCCAGCUCUCUGAAGUUGGGGAUAUCUUCUACCAGAUUCUAAGACCAGCCAGCCAAGACUCACUGCAAGCAGCAUGCCAAGAGAUGCCGAACGAAGAAUCUGUCACAGAACAGUCCGGAUCAUUACCACGGGAAAGCCAAGAGUCUGUUAAUAGCCCAUGGACUAGUAAUGUGAAUGACGGACAUGGAACGCGUCUGUUGGAAACGGAUGGGGUUGUCAGUCAUAGAGAGUGUCCACCUGAAACUUCUGACGUGCAGAUACAUGGUGUUAAUGAACCUGGUGUAAAUAUGACUGAGCAAGAGGACGUCAGUCGUUCGAAGGACAAACCAAGGCCUGCUAAAGUUAGCACGGCCACCUUCCUGAUGUGGAAAUCUUGGCUGAAUGUGCUUUGUAACAGGCAAAAGUCUACCCCAAGGUACAGGCAAUUACAUUGGACCCUAAAAACAAAAGACCAUUUUACAUUUGAUGGCACACCUAGAGAUAUUCUGGGAAAAGACCAAAUUACCAGUCUGAGGAAAAACAUGAGGGAAGUCAUGAAAAACCAAACGGUGCUGACUUGUGGUGCCACCAGUCUUUCGCCGCCAGAGGUGCUCCCCACCCCCGACCCUGUGGACACUCAGUCUUGGGGCGAUGACUUGAGUCAGCGACUCUCUGUAUCCUGGGAAGGGGGGUGGAAGAACUGGUGGGAAGAAAAGCAGGGGCUGAAUCGCGAGAAGAGGAUCGAGGAGUUGCGUAGGAAACGACGGCGACUAAAGCGGGCCCGAGGCCCUCGCGUUGCUCUUUCCGGAAGCUUCACCACUUCCGCUAGCUAUCAGUCAGAUAUGGAUGGUUGGUCCUCUGCUGUCAGCGAUUUUGGUAGUCAGGAUCCUGAUUUGGAUACCAGCACUUUUUCUGGGUACCUCUCAACUCAAGAGGAUUCUACAGAGCCUGAGAGAACAGGAAGAGUUCUUCAGCAUGAGCCUAAAGGCUCUGAACUCGGCUCAGAAGAGCAGAGCAACGUAACUUUGUCAAGGAAUAAAGCUAAAAUGCCGAAAGAUCCAUCUCAGGUGGGGAAGCCUAAGGCACCAAAACAACUUAAACAGGAUUACAUGAACUCUCUUUUUAGCUCCCAGGAAGAGGUAGUGGAUGCAGGAAUGGAGGGAACUGAUUUCUUUCCAAUGUCGCUAUCUUCUCAAGUGUCCUCCAUCUCUAACUCCCAGAGGAAGCCCACCUUGGGCCCUCUCUCCCAGUCCUCCCAGCGAGGAAAGAAGAAAGCACGCAUGGGCUUUUAAAUGCUGAAAAAUAGACCUAUGGCCUAUCUUAAUUCAAAUGUGCUGAUGCUUCUAUUUUUGUAUCUCCUUAAUUAUGCUCUUGUACGUUUAUUAAAUGCCAGUUUAAUUUGAUUCUCAGACUAAACUUCAAGCUCGGAGUACUGAUGACAUGUAGUAUUGGAGGUUGUGGAAUGUGAAUGGCAAAUGUUCCUCCAAUUAGAUGACCUAAGGUGGUUGUUUUAUGUUAGAGGUCCCCAAAUUGGGGGGGGGGUGCAAAUUUUUCAUGAGAGGAGGGACUUUUUGUUGACCCAAUCGUGAUGAUAAUAUAUAAUUCCAAGGACUGUUAUAAAAUAUAUUGACACUUUCUUUAAUGAAUAAAAAUUAGAUGAAAAUGUCAGGAAGUGACAAACUUGAAACUGGUCCAAUCAGAAGUUGUCUGUACUUAGUGUUGAUUGUAGUUGCUCAUCAAUGGAUAAUGUUUGUCUGACCAGCUUUAAAUGCAUAAACUGUGCGUCUAUCUGACAAGUAGAAACUAUGUGGUUUUGUAUAAAAAUUUCUCUAAACUUUUGCAAUUACUGUGUGUUUGUGCCUCAGCCAACAUUAGGUAUAGAAAAAUCUACCAACACAUGGGUAAGUUUCAGAUUUGACGCAGAAGAAGACAAGCCUCAGUAGGAACCAUGUGGAGCGACAAUAACAGAUAAAAACUGCUAAUUCAGAAAACUUGCUUUAUGGAUGAGAUAGAAAUGCGUUCAGAAGCAAAUGCUUAUUUCUGGAAUUGGAUGUUGUCUUGUGUUGAAUUGAGGGGGGAAUCCCCAAAAUGGCUGGAUGAUAGAUGGCUGUCAAAACAAGUAAAGUUUGGUUCCAAAUGAAAUGCA